AUGUCUGAAGCACACAAGAAAGUCGAAAACUUGAUCAAAGAGAAACCAGUCCUUAUCGUGGGCAUGACCUGGUGUCCCCACUGUGCUGAGGCUGAAAGAACCAUUGGCAAAGUCACCAAGGACGCCUACGAGGUCGAUAUGGACAAUGAAGCGGACGGAGACGACAUUCACCAAGCAGCAACUGAAAUCACCGGUCAAAAGACGUUCCCAUACGUGUGGAUUUCAGGCAAAUUCAUCGGCGGUGCUGAUGCUGUUCAAAAAUUGCAAAAUGACGGCAAAUUGAAGGACUUGGUUGAUUCUGCCUUCAGGUAA